UCUUUGUGUGGUGAGCGACAGUGUACCAAAAACAAGUCUGCCGGGAUCUAUCUGACGACGGUUACACAGUACUGAUUUAGGUGUUUAUGAGCUUGCCAUAGGUAUCGGUUCAUUACGGGUUUGUUUGAUCGUUUUUACUGGGAGCGUAACCUUUUCUGUUUGGCUAGCUCCGAUUUUCCACAUUAACUUCCUGCAGCAAGUUCCCACAUCUGCUGUACACAGAAAUACGACUCGCUGUAGAUGUACACGUUUUUAACAAAGAAGAUGGUCGACCUAGAUCUUGGGGAGCAGUUGUCACAUGCUGUGCAGCAGAGCAAUGUUUCUACUGCAGCUGCCACUCAUCCCGACUCAAAGGACUCUCCUACUUUCACUAAUGGAAUGAUCCCGGGUUCCAUUGCAGCUGCAUUGUUCAUUGCCUUUUUGCUUGGACUGUAUGCUAUUCUGUGGAAGUGUAUGGUGUCACCGCCACAACGAAAACACAACAAGUUGAGGGUAAGAGUACAUCAGAGAGCUUCUAUGUGAAGACAUGGAAGAUAUCUGGCAGCUGUUCUGUUGGUUAUCUUAGAUUUUAAAUGUCAUGGACUAAAGACUCAGAGCAGAUUUGAUCUCUGAAGAAAUCUUCAAAUAGAUUCAACACUAACAAAAGAAAAACCCCAACACUGGCUAAACUAAAUGGAUGAGCCACAUGUGCCUCCUCAGCUUUACAGUCUGCUGGUGGAUUCUGUUUACUCAAAGAGUCAUGGUGACGUUAAACACUGUUUUGGCAGGUCAGUCUGCUUUUUCUGUUUUCUGUGAAUUAUACACUACUGAGGGAGGCUACAACUUGCUCCAGUGACUAAUGAGCUGCAUGUAAAUGACUCUAAGACAGAGACAAUAUAGUAUUUUUUUUUUUAGUAUAUGUAGCUAUUUUAGCUUUUUUCUCAACUGUACCAAAUGAUCUUUAUAUUUUAAGCAUGUAUUCUUAUUUCGUUUUAGCAUUUCUUUAUAAUAUUUUGGAUUUGAUUAUCAGAUCAGAGUAGCAUCCACCAUUUUAUCCUGUUCUGUCACCUAGUGGUGCCUCAGACAAGCCUAUGUGCACAAUUGCUCCUCAGGAUUUUGUAACUACUGAAUGAGUCUAUAAUAAAAGUAUUUUUUACAUUUA